GUGUGUUCGCUGGAGUCCGUGUGGGGAAAGUGGUAUGAUCGGGGCUCGCAUAAGUUGCGACGAUUUUGAAGCUCAAAAUAUGCAGCCGCCCGUAUGGCACGUUUUCUUGGCAAGCUGUUCUGUGUUCGUGACUAAAAAUAACGCAGGGGAUCGCUAACAUUGAAUGUUACUAUCAAGAACUGAUCAAGCGAGAGGCCUUAUUCAUUAUGGAGACUGGUCUUCUCAAUUUUCACGAUGAAGAAACUUUUGCAACCUCAAUUUAUGAUCAGGGUGACUUCAGUGGAGUUGAUGGUCAAAGUUCUCUCUAUGAUAUGAUGCAUAGUGAUUUGCAGUACAGUUCUGAUUACACAAAUCAGUCUGUUGUACAUUGGGAUUCGGAUCAAGAGCAAGAACACAAUGGAGAUCUUGCUGUUCUUCCAGUAGCACCAUCAGAGUGUAGUAGCCUGAACAGCAGUAAAGAAGAUUAUAGCAAGUCACUUUUUGAAUGGCAGGAUGGUCUAUUUACAUAUCAGCCUCUAGAUCCUGAUGUUGUGUGCAUGGAUGGCCAAGUCAUUCCCUCUGAAUUACCUGACAAUAUAUUUGAAGAUUCAAUUGAAUCUAAUACCAGCACUUCAAGCAGCUUACACAAGCCUGGGCUUUCAGCACCACUUGCAAUACCAGCACGAUGCAGCACACCUAUUCCUUCUCCAAAAAAUACAACUGUUUCAUCUGAUGCGAGUCUAAAUUUAGACAUGUCUCUGUCAGCACUAGAUGUGAAUGUUUCUGACAUUGAUGUGUCAGCACUCGGAAUCAAUGUUUCUUCUUUAGACAUUAAGGCAGAUAAUGUUGACAAUGAAGUAAAGUCUGUGAAAGCGAAUGGGGCUGGUAGUCAAGUUGAUGAUAAAACAAAAAGUUUGGAUGAAAUCCUGAAAACAGAAGAAAUAUUGCCAUCUCCAGUGAAAAGUGGCUUAGACACUGUUGAAGACCCUGAGUUUGCUGCUAUAUUUGGUGCUGCCCAGGAGGCUGCAUCCAAGGAAAAUUCAAUACCAUCUCUGAACGGGUCUCAGUUACCUCUUCCCUGUCCUGAUGUAGAACAGCUUCAUGACAUAGCCAUGGAGUUUAUCAAAGAAGAACAAGAGGCACAAGCAUGGAACAACUUACCGCUUGACUGUAAUGUUGACUUGGAUGCUAUAGACGCGGCAGUGCCAGUCUUGGAGGCUGGGAACUUGGAGAGUCUUCUGGAACAAUUUGAAGCAACGUUGAAACCACCUCCAGAAUUUUCGCAGUCCAUGCCAGCAUCUCCAGCACAUUUCUCCGUACCACCUUCACCUUUGUCAAUGCCUGCUUCGCCAUUGUCAAACCACAGUGCCAAUGCUCCAAUUUCUAAGACCUCUCCAUUGCCCUCACCUUUGUCUUCUCCUGCCAAAGGCAAGAGGGAAGCUUCUACACCGAAGAAAUCGUCUCCAUCAACUAAAGGAGUAUCUUUACUCCAUCAAAAUAUACUGGAGUCAUUACCCACAGAAAUUAUGGACAGAAUCAAGGCAUCGGGAUGCAAGAAGACAAUACCAUUGAUUCCAGCAAUGCCAAGCAAAAGACCCAGUAGGUCUGGUACCCGUAUGCAUGCCGCAGGAGCAGCAUUAAGUAGAAAUAAAUUAUUGAAGCUGGUCUCCCGGAAAAGCACAGGUGGAGAAAAUAUCCAACUGGACCACGAUUACUGUAGUAAUGAUUCAUCAAACAAUAUAGAGUUUGUUCCGGAUAAAUUGGUCAUGGACAUUCAAGCAAGCACAAAACAGAUGGAGUGGGAUGAAGACAAAUCCCGUAAGGACAGUGGUCUGGAAUCAGGUGAUGUCAGUGAAGAUAGUGAAGGGGCUGCUGUUCCAUCAAAUUAUAGCUCUGGUUAUGAUUCAAGUAGUGGCUCUAGGAGUAAAAAUAGCUUGCUGAAGCCAAGAACCAUAAACCAAGGCGGGAGAAACAAGGAAAUGUUAAUGGUGUCUGUUUUGAAGAAAGUUAGAUGUGAUACUCCUAAAUCACCUUCAAGUCAACAAAAUGUUGUGCAACAACCAAAACAAACUCCUAAGACUAAAAAUUCUGCACCUCUGUGUGCCACUAAAUCUCCUUUGCAAGUUGAUGCUUCUCUCAAACCCCUUGUAAAACAAUCAAAACCGGUUCAAAGUCUUGUGGAGACAGUUAAACUACCUCCCAAAGCUAUAGAAGUCAAAACUCAGUCAAAGGAAGUAGCUGUUGACCAUUCUAGAAAAGAUGCUGUUAAAUCUACCAUGACACCUGUCGAAGUACCUCAGCCAGUUGCUAAGCCACUUAAAACUAUUGUCAAAACUGAACCGCCAGAGGCGCUUACACCCACCGAGACCCUGGUUUCUGUUGAAUCAAAGCCUGUUGAUGUGACUGUCCUUACCAAGCCUCUUGAACAACCUAAAAAACGUAAACUUAACUUUGAAGAGUAUCGGAAUAGACAACGUGCAAUGGAACAGAAAAAGGAGAGCACAGUUUCUCCUAAAGCUGAACCACUCCUUGAAAAGAAGUCUGGUUCAGAAGAAAUGGAGGCUGCAAACUUUAAGGAUGUUAAGCCAGUACACUUGACAGUUACUGUCAAGGAGGAGAAGAACUUGGAUCCUGUUCCCCUUACAAGCAACCCCUCUGUAACAAUCAAACAGGAGAAAGAAGAGAUGGCUGUGUGUGACACAGCUGUCCCUGUGGUUGACAACCAGAAAAGUAACCUUGAGCCUGCAUCUCAUCCUAAAUUAUUAACAGUAAAGCAAGAGAAGGAUUUGGAAAGUGCCCCUGAAGUUAUUGUUGUAGAAGAGGAUUCAAAUGAUUCCAAUUCAAAACCUGUGGAAGAUAAAAAGAAACAACGGCAAUAUCGUACUAGACACUUAAGUACAUCAAGCAGUGAUGGAUCCCCUCAAUCCAAGCCAGUGAUUAAGUCCAGAAGGGAAAACCCCCCUAAGAAAGCAGUGUGUUCACCAUUAAGGUCCAGGUCUCGAACUGUGUCAUCAUCGAGUUCAAGAAGUGCCAGCAGUAACAGCAGCAGGAGUAGCAGCAGCAGCAGUGACAGCAGCAGCGCAUCCUCUAGCAGCAGUGCAGGCAGCACGCACAGCAGUGGCAGGAGAAAGAGGACCACCAGGAGGAGGAGACGCAGCUGCAGUCGCAGCAGUCGAAGCUCAUCCAGGUCCACCCGAAGAAGCAACAGCAUUAGCAGUGGAUCGAGCCGCCGCAGCAGCCCUCGGUCUGCCCGUUCAAGACGACGCUCUCGCUCCAGAUCUCAAAGGCGGUCCAGGCGGGACCGCAGCGUGAGCAGCCGUCGCAGCGCGAGCAGGGGAAGGAGCAGUCGAGGCAGCAGGAGCGGAGGGUGGAAACGCUGGAGGAGGGACUCGAGCAGGAACAGAGGCAGCAGCAGCAGUCUCAGGAGGGAGCGCAGCAGAAGUAGGCGGGGACGUGGUGGAUCUUGGAGCAGUUAUCGUUCUUCGUCCGGGUCUCGUUCACGAUCUCGUUCUACCUGCCAACAACACCGAGGUCGGACCUUUAGGUCGAGGUCUCGCUCCCAGUCCCGACCCCGGGCUCGCCGCCGGUUGUGUUCUUACUCAUCCAGAUCAGAGUCUAGGUCGAGAUCCCGCUCGAGCCGAUCCAGGUCGUAUUCCUCAGGCUGUGGUCGCCAUCAGACUAGGUCUAGAAGUAGGAGUCGCGAUAUUAAGAGAGCCAGAACCAGAGCCAGAGCCAGAGCCAGGAGGAGGAGGGGAAAGAGGGAAGGAAGAAGGUCCUGGAGAUCCAGAUCACCAAUGCGAAGAAAUGUUGACUGGUCUCAUGUUGAAAAGGAGCACAAACGUCAAGUUGAGGAAAGAAGAGUAAUAUAUGUUGGUCGGAUUCCUGAGGAUACCACCAAAGCAGAACUGAGAAGAAGAUUUGAGGUGUUUGGGCCAAUUGUGGACAUAAACCUUCACUUCAGAGAGCAUGCGGACAAUUAUGGUUUUGUAACAUUUGCUUAUAAAGUAGAUGCUUAUGAAGCUGUUGAACGGGGAAAUGAUGAUCCUACUCAACCUCACUAUGAUUUGUGUUUUGGAGGAAGAAGAAAAUUUUGUCGAGAGCGGUAUGCUGACCUUGACGGAAUGGCUUGUAAUAAAGGAAGCUUGGGAAAUGUACCCCACAUGAAUCGUGGAAAUGAAAGCAACUCAUUUGAUGACAUGCUUCGUGAAGUCCAGGCCAAGCUAAAUGCAAGAAAGAAGCUAUGACAUUGGGCUCUUUGUUACAUGUAGUAGUGUUAGGAUGGGUUCACUUGUAACCAAAAAUUACUGUAUGCAGCAUUGUUACCUAGGUAAAGGCACUGAGGUGAAUAGAUAGCCUAGGCUACCUUGAAUAUUUUCAGAAAAGCUUUUCUUUAAUAAUCGAAGGGAAUAAAGGUGAUAAUUCUAAUCCUCUGUGAAAUAGUGUGUGAUAAUUAAGACUUAUUACUGCUUUUGAUUAAAUGAGAUGAUCUUCAUCUCAAAUAAUAAUGUUGGCUUUAAAUUGGUGCCUUCUCUUUUCUCUGUAUAGGCAGCACCUAGAAAUGUGUGCAUAUUUUAUCAAAAAUAUUCUAAUGCAUUGAAUUUAACUAAUGAGGCAACUACUUGGCCCGUUGUGUAAUUUUCUGUAAAAAGCUUUCAGUCACACCUCAGUGCUUCAGAAUAGUACAAAGCGGAGGAAAACUCUGAAGCUGUUGUUAUUUGUAAAUGAUUAAUGUUAUAAAUUUUGGUAGCCAUAGGAAUGCAAGAACUGCUGGCCGCUUUGUGAAGUCAUGAUUUCUACUUGGUUACUCCACAUAAUUCUGAUUUUAUUACUUGUGUCUUGGCUUCGUUCGUUUCCUGCAAAUGUUGGGGAGUAAUUCAGUUAUGUGCUGAGCCCGGAUAAUGACAAAAAGCUUUGUUUUAUUAUUUUUAAUUUUAUAUGUGUUUUUGUUUUUACAUUAUGUAAAAUGCUUAGCAUAUCUUAAUGUCCUUGUGUUCUGGCCUAUUUGGUUAUUGUUUCCUCGCCAAGAUUCUGUAGUAAAAUCAAAGUUUAGGAAUAGAAAGAGUAAGGCUCAAACAUAUAUACUUAAUUCUUGACAAUGACCAAACUGGAGUAUGGGUCUGGAAUAGUUUGACUACAAUAUUUGUGGCAUUGUUUUAUGCUUUUGUGCUUUGUAAGCAGACUGUUCGAACAUUUGGUUUCCAAAUAAUCAGCACUCUGCUUAUUUUCAUUUUCUGAUGCUUGGUCUCUGCAGUUCUUUGUCUUCAAAUGUGUGUGUUAGAUUGUGUAGGUAGUGCAUGUGUUAAUUAAAGUGGAUUCACUAAGAUGUUAAAGUCAUCCAUCAUACUAUAAAGUUGGGUGUUUUACCGUGAGGUGGUUUUAUUUUCAUGUGGCAGUAGAGGAUAUGGAUGUUGCUAGGACAGUUUCAGACUACAUAAAAUACUGUUAAUCCUGUGACUUUGAUGCUAGUCUCAGGAAUAAUAACUUUGUUCCUGUAGGGUUUAAUUGAAGCUCUGUUAAUGAUAAAUUCGAAUUGCCAUAAUAGGAUACAUUUGCCUCUUACUUUUUUUCCCAGUGCUAGAUCUCCAAAAAAUCCUGAAUAUCUGAUGUUGUUCAAAAUUAAUAUGCACAUGGAGAAAGGUAAUUUUGAACCAAGAUAUUGAAUCUUAAAGUUCAAAAAACAUCCUUGUUGAAUAAGGUCCCCUCAACCCAAUGUUUGGCCUAGCUCAAAAUCGAAAGCAGAUUUGUUCAAAGGAAAGAUGCUGAGAGAAGGUCGAUUGAUCAGUGCCCAAUUUUUGACAGUUCAUCAAGUCUUUCAAUAUUUUUACUCAAUGAUCGGUUUAUUCAAUGGGAGCUCUUAAGCGACCUCUCCUUUAAACAAAUCUGGAAUAUGCUUUCAGUUUUGAGCUACGUCGCAUAGUAUGGGUGGAAACUUUUCUCAAACCUUAUCUCAAUUACGAAAUAAUUAACAACAAAAUUCUUUAAUCUGGACGCUUUCAUCAUUGUAACUUCUGAACUAAUUUUGGAGAUGUACAAUUUUUUGGAGAUAUGGCACCUGAACAUUGCCGAGUUACAUGGGUCUAUUUUUGAGAAUCAGACAAAAAAGGCAUUGGAUUUUUCUGUAAAAUAGUAUAUAGCUCUCACAUCUAUUUGAUGCUUGUUGAUAAAUUGGUGUCUUUCAACGACUUUGUCUUAGUUCUGUCCUGUGAAUAAAUAUUAGCUACCUACAUUGUAGUGCAAGAGAUGAAGAGAACUUAUGAAUGUUGAUCAUUGGGUUCAUCCAUGUGUAUGCUUAUUGCAAGCUUCAAUUAGGUAGGGUCUCUUAGGACUAGUGUAAUUAUAGUACAUGUGUAGAAGAGCUGUUAUUUUCUCUUAUCAAUGUUUCAAAAUUGUAUGGACCUUGGCUGUAAUUGAGUGGUUAUGGUUUUGAAAACACUUUUGUGAUUGAAAUGACUUCUUGCUCUGGAAUAAUGUCUGUGAUUUUUGAAUGGGUGAUGAGUAAGAAACGUUAUGCUGUGUUAAUGUUUGACCAGGAAGGUUUUCUGCUAUAGUGGAACAUAAUGCAGCCUCACAGAAACUUUCUCCCAAAAAGCGUUAAAAUUUCUUCUGUGUAGGUCAAUACACAUUAUAUUUCAUAUGUUAAAAUUUUCAAACAUUGCAAGAUUAGAAAGCACUGUUGUAGAAAUGCUAAUGAAAUCUUCCAUUGAAUAUUCUUGUAAUAUUACUUGUAAUCUUUACUUUUCUUCAUAAUAUUACCUUUGGGUAACAUAUUUUGUGUGAAUUGCAGAUCAGAAGUAUAUUUUGUAUACCUAUCAACAUCUUCACAAAGGCAACUUAAUUGAACAGGGGUAUUUUGAUAUCAUAUAGCUGUCCUGAAGUCUCAAAUACUCUCAUGUAGGUACUUCAGUAAUUUGAAGUAUUCUGCCAGAAUAGUAUUCUUAUUUUUUGUCCAGUGUAUCUGUAACUGAAAGUUGACAUUAAAAACAAAACAUAACCAGUGUAUCAGUCAGGUGCAUGGUAUUCCUUUCCUUUACGAUGGUAAUUGUAAUUUCUUCUAUUUCAUGGCUAUUUUUGAUGCACUGUCCUCUCCCCUUAUGGGAAGAUGGCAGGUAUACACAGUAUGUUAACCCUCCCUCUUUUGUGUAGGAGUAGCACCACUUAGUGACUUUAGCUUCUCAUGGAAAUCUCUGAAGUAGCAUUUGGAACUGGACAUUUGUGUCUGGAGAGUGUCCUCUCCAUAGCUCUUAUUUUCCAUUAGAAACUUGCACUGACAGUUUCUUAGGAUGCUUCUUUUCAUAGCCACUUUAGCUUUCAUGAACAUUAUUUAAUGUGGUUGUGGAGGAUGUUUUACCUAAGGUGAUAUAUUCCUUUGUGAUUGUAUAUUUUGAUGUGAUUUAAGACAAUGGUAUUGGAAAUAGUUUGUCGAAACUUAUCUAUGAUAUAAUAUUGUGACAUUUCAAUGUCUUUUGUGCUAAAAUGUAGACAGCUGGUAUAGGUCACAGCUAUGCCUCAUGCUCCCUAAUCAGUGACUUAAAAAAGCCAAGAAGAGAAAACACAAAUGCGUACUUGCAUUUCGCACAUUAUUAUUUUAAGUUUCAAUCUGUUCCUUGAAAAAGAAAAAAGAAUAGAUGUUGAUGUUCUACGGAUCUAUUUAAUUUAAAAUCUAAGGUUAUUUAGAAUCUUGUCUCUUUGUUUUUUUGUUUCAUGCUCAUUUCUGUUACUUUGAUUACCUGUUACUGGGAAACAUUUCUCAGCUGGUGGGACUGACUAUAAUUGCUGAGAAAUUAUACUCCUUAUAAUACAUAAGUAAUUUUUUUUUUUUCAAGUCAAAUGCAUUCAUGACUGAUUUAGCCUGUAUUGCAAUUACUGUUUUGGGAGUCUGAAAAGUUUAGGGUUCAUUUCAAGUGAUUUUCUUUUAAGCAAUUGCAAAUGUGUACAUUUACUGAUUUAACUAAAAUUGUGUUCAAUCAAUUAAUUUUAGAAUGUUUUCAUUAAAAAGACAGUUGUCUUUUGCAUUCAUAUUCUGCUGCACUUUGCAAAAGUCACAUGGGCAAGUAGUAUUUAUGCAAAUGUCCGGCUUGUAGUAUACUUUCUCCUGUAUGGAAAUUAUGCUUCCAAUAUCUCAGGAAUUAUUUUAAACUUGGUACUAUCUUCCUACCGGUACUUUAUAUUUUGUGUGGUGAAAAUAUGUGCCAGUAUUUUAUGUGGUGUUAACUUGAAUCUGUUGCAUCUUCGUUAAAUUGUUUACCUCCUGGAGAGGUAACUCCUAGAGCAAGUGCUAAUAAACUGGGAUGAAACAUCUUGAUCAUGUGGAGAAAACCAUCAAGUGUUCAGAUGUGAUCUUUAGUGUCAGUUUUGUUUUCUAUGUAUUCAUUAAAAUCAAUAUCUACGGUUGAACAUAAUGUUCAAAGUAACUUCCUUCUUAUGCCAAGUGAGAGGUCUUUUAAGCUAACAAAUACAUAUGCUAGUAUUUCUUGUGUAUAUUUCAGUCAUUUUGUUUCAUUAUUUGUUCUUACUUGAUAUUACGCCUCAGAGCAGCUCUUGCUGCAUAUUUCUAUGUAUAUUUAUGAAGUGACAAUUUUAAUCUUAAUGUUAUGAUGGAAAAAUAAAAGGGAAUAAAAAAAAAGUAAAAUUAAAAGGUGAUAAAGCAAAUAAAAAAAGAAGAAGAAAGGAACCUGAAUGAUUGAUAGAUUGCUAGGUCUUGGGCACUGUAAUGUGUGUAAGGUAUUCCUGCAUACUAUAAUUUCAUGAACUGAAAGGAAAUUCUAUGACAAAUAAGGAGAGUCCGUAGUUUCGCGGAUGAUGAUAUUUUCUUUUCACAGCGCACUCAACGCCAAUGUGAUUGUAUCCAAUCGUCUUGUGUUACAUUUCAGUUGUGAUAAUAAAGAAUCUUGUUCAGUGAA